AUGACAAGUAAUAGUACAGUCACAUAUACCUCAAUUGACGCUAAACUCGAGCCAAGCUCAACUACAAAGCAAAUGCCACCAGCGUUAUUCUAUCCAGUUAAUGUAAAGAACCUACAGUUGGGCAAUAGACUAGCAGUAUCGUCGAUGUGUAGCUAUGCAGCUGGGCCAGGAAACCAAAUUGCCAAUUUACAUUUAUCUCGCUACAAAUCGUUUUCUGCUCAACAUCCCGGAUUGAUUAUGAUUGAAGGAAUGUGUGUUGAUCCAAAGGGUAAAUUGGAUGACAAGGAAUUGGGUAUUUGGAAUGAUGAACAAGCAAAAAAGUUGAAACAAAUUGUUGAUGAAAUUCAUAAAGAUGGAUGUGUUUGUUGUGUUCAGUUGUCUCAUGGUGGACGGAAAGCCAUUGGCGAUGGUGAGUUUGACCUUAAUGGAAGAGCCAGCGAACACAAUGACUCAUCUAGAGGAGGAGAUGAUGAUAAUGAGAUACUUGCUCCAUCGGCAAUUGCAUACGAUAAUCGACUGAAAGUUCCCAAGGAAAUGACAUUGGCUGAUAUUCAACAUGCCAUUGGCAGCUUUGUUGAAGCUGCCAAACGAGUCGUGACUAUUAGUAAAGUUGAUAGUGUUGAAAUUUCGUGUUGUAAUGGCAACUUGUUGCAUCAGUUUAUGAGUAAAGCCACCAAUUUACGUCAUGAUGAAUAUGGAUGUCAAUCAAUUGAGUCAAGGUGCAAGAUUUUGUUGGAUAUAAUUGAUCAAGUGCGGAAAGCCAUCGGUGAUGAUGUGCCAAUCUUUGUCAAAUUAUCAGCUUGUGAUAAUUUGUUUAAAGACGAGUCAUUGGAUGAAUUUUUAUCCAUUGCUGAUUUGAUCAUUGGCACGGGUCAAGUAUCCUUAAUCCAUGUAACAUCAGGUAAAAUCACCCCCAAUUCAAAGCCUCGUUAUUCAUUGAAUUCAGAUCCAAAUAUACCAGGUCAUAUUCCAUUGGCUUCAAUUUUGAAAAAACACGUCAAAAAUAAGUGUCUUGUCGGUUGCAGUGGUGCUUUAGAUAUGGAUGUGGUCAAAUUGAACCAUUACGUCGAUGAUGGAAUGAUUGAUGUUGCAUUCAUUGGUCAAGGAUUUUUGGAGAUGCCAAAUUUGGUGAAUCAAAUUGCUGCAAAAUUGAAUCACAAGAUUGAAUAA